UCUGAGAGAUGAGCCGGCACAAAGCAACAAUAACAGCUCCUGGAGCAGACGUCUUUGCCAGGACUAUCCCUUCAAUUCCCUAAAACCAAGACCUUGUAAACUCAGCUAGGGGAUCACCCUUAACCUUCAGCUCUUCAGCUCUCCAAUGCAAACGAACCCCUGGAACAGUGGCUUGCAGGCUUGUGUGAGCUCUUUAGAAGGGAGGAGGUGGCUGCUUCCUCCCAGGGCUCCAGUACCUGUGUUCUACCCAGCUGUGUCAAAACCCAGGUCAUUUCCCUCAUUAAAGAACAUUAGAGCCUUUGCCCUUUGCCUGACUGGCAAAGCUUUUAAUUAGCUUACCCUGGCAUACUGCUAGACAUAAAGGGGACAAUCCCUAGAUUCAGAAGCAGUUCUCCAGCCGGAGGAGGGAGUCUCAAAGCAGGGUAGGCAGGGUGCGAGAACCAGCAGUCCGCACUGUCACUAACGCUUACGGGAGCAGGGGACUGUCACUCUAUCCCAAUCCCGGCUUUCUUUAUCUCGAUCUCACAGACAGGAGCUGUACUGGAAAUUUUUCGGAGCUAGAGAAAGUGGCUCUUCUCUGAGGAGACAGCAGAGAUGGGGAGUGGAAUCAGUGCCGAGGACAAAGAACUUGCCAAGAGGUCCAAGGAGCUGGAAAGGAAGCUGCAGGAGGAUGCUGAGAAGGAAGCCAAGACCGUCAAGCUGCUGCUGCUUGGUGCUGGGGAGUCAGGAAAGAGCACCAUCGUCAAACAGAUGAAGAUCAUUCACCAGGAUGGAUACUCUCCAGAAGAAUGCCUAGAAUUCAAAUCUGUCAUCUAUGGGAACGUGUUGCAGUCCAUCCUGGCUAUCGUCAGAGCCAUGGCCACACUAGGCAUCGACUAUGCAGAACCAAGCUGUGCGGAUGCGGGUCGACAGCUCAAUAACCUGGCAGACUCCAUUGAGGAGGGGACCAUGCCCCCUGAGCUGGUGGAGGUCAUCAGGAAGUUGUGGAAGGACCCUGGCAUUCAAGCCUGCUUUGACAGAGCUGCAGAGUUCCAGCUCAAUGACUCGGCAUCUUACUACCUGAACCAGCUGGACCGGAUUACAGAUCCUGACUACCUCCCCAGUGAGCAAGAUGUGCUCCGAUCCAGAGUCAAAACCACAGGCAUUAUCGAGACCAAGUUUUCUGUGAAAGAUCUGAAUUUCAGGAUGUUUGACGUGGGAGGGCAGAGAUCAGAGAGGAAGAAAUGGAUCCACUGCUUUGAGGGAGUCACCUGCAUCAUUUUCUGCGCGGCUCUCAGCGCCUAUGACAUGGUGCUGGUGGAAGACGACGAAGUGAAUCGCAUGCAUGAGUCUUUGCACCUGUUCAACAGCAUCUGUAACCACAAGUUCUUUGCAGCCACCUCCAUCGUCCUCUUCCUCAACAAGAAGGACCUCUUCGAGGAGAAAAUUAAGAAAGUCCACCUCAGUAUUUGUUUUCCAGAGUAUGAUGGGAACAACUCCUAUGAGGAUGCCGGGAAUUAUAUCAAGAGCCAGUUCCUUGACCUCAACAUGAGAAGAGAUGUCAAAGAAAUCUACAGUCACAUGACCUGUGCGACAGACACACAGAAUGUCAAAUUUGUGUUUGAUGCAGUUACAGAUAUUAUCAUCAAAGAAAACCUCAAGGACUGUGGGCUCUUUUAAUGCUCGGUUCCUCGGGUGUACAUUCUACAAGCAGACUUAGAAUCUGAGAGACUUCAUGCAGAAGAUGAGUCAACAAGUGCCGGGACAUGACGGACAAGCUCAUUCUGUUGGAGAUACAGAAGGAACACUUACAACUGUCUUUCAAGUAGUGUGGCUAAUACAGUUUAACAAAUGCAAGGCCAAGGAGCCUAAGACCCGGGUUCCAGUACUAGCUCUGCUUAGUAGAGUAGAAGGACUUCCAUUUUUCCGAAGGAAAAGUCCCUCACCUGUAUUUUGAAGGUAACUUCCUUACCUACUUCACAGGGCUAUCAUGAAGAGCACAAACCUAACUGAAGAGAAAGCACUUGGAAGCUGCUGUGGUCGGCCACAAAAAGCCCAUGAAGGUUGCAACUACCACACUUGGUUAUUAAGAGUAAAUUGUCUCAAAGUGUAAUGGCAAACCUUUCUUACAUUGAGCGAUAAACUAUUAAAAAUUAAACCUGCCCCUGGGUUUUUACUAGCAGAUCAAUAUGGCUCAGCUCAGAGACUGGCUCACUGGAUGAAGGAUGUGAGUCUACUCAUUUCUAAGGUACUCAUUCAGAAACGAUCAUCCUCAUUAAAAAUAAGUUAUCUCUCUCCCCUACCCUGGGUGCCCAAACUACUUCCUUUCUCUCUAUAAAUAACCGCUUAACUAUGUAAGAGUGUGUGGCUGAACUCGAGGACACCAACACACUCCCACUUAGGAUGUUACUGCUGCCACUUCUGUAUCAUAGAACUGGAACAAGAGACCAAUCUGAUUCUCAUUCCCACUGCUCCAGGCUUCCCAGGAACAAAAGCCAUUGCUGAGCUGGCUUUAGGCACUGGAAAUUUUUGCAGCUGGGUCCACGUGAGACUGGCUGCAAACAUCUUCCCAAACAAACCAGGGAUAAAUUAUUCCUUUGAGCUCCUCUGAGGGGAAAUGAAGCUUGCAUUUAUCUUGACAGGAGGUGGUGAAGCCAUGUAUAGAUUUAGCAUUUACAACUACUAGUGAGGAGAGCACUUGGCAUCCACGGUUUAGUAUAUAAAAGAAAGUGUCAAUUAACAUGAAAAUCUGCUCCUUGCCAGAAACACCCAUUCACACUUAAGAUGCUUCCAGCAAUAUUAAUACCCGAGAGCCAGCCAGCAUCACGGGCUUGAAACGCACCAAAGACCCAACGUGAGACCAUUGAAAUGAGGAUUCGAUUAACAGUCUGAACGAGCAAAAGAAUACACGCAUGCACACUGCAACCUGCCAGAAUCGCCAGGGCCAUUAAUAAAACAAAUAAGUAAUAAGCAAAGCCCAUCUGGGCAAAGCACUUGCACUAAAGGCAAUGUAGGAACUAC